AUGGCUGCCGCGAAGGAUGGAAGGGAUGAUCUCGCAUCCUUAGUGGACUCGACGGGCACUGGGUCCAUCUCUGCUACCGUCUUCAGUCCCGAUGGGCAUGUCAAGAAGGUGUCGGUUCAAUGUGGAAACGAUCAAUCCGGCAGCUGCUUCACUGCCAUGCUCGGUAGUACAUCAAACUCAGUAAGUUCAGAAGUGAUGCUCGUCAUCCAGUCUUCCGUGUGGAUCAACUUUGUCCUCAUGUUAUGCAAGUUGUACACCUUCCUCGUCUCUGGCUCGCUGGCUGUCUUGGCUUCGCUGGUAGACUCCAUCAUCGACCUUUUAGGGCAGGGAGCCCUAAUGUUGACCAGCUUCUUGGCACGUCAAUCGGGUCGCGAGGAGUAUCCUGUUGGCCGGGGCAGGCUGGAGCCAGUCGGAGUCAUGAUUUGCGCCCUGGUCAUGGGCAUGGCUUCCGUGCAGGUGAUCAGUCAGUCGUCCAUGAAGCUUAUCAAGUACUGGGAUCGUGAUGAUGCCCCAGCUACGGCUCUGACAGAAGGUGGCGUCGUACUCCUUGUGUGCAUCGUCGUCCUCAAGGUAGGGCUAUGGUACUGGUGCAGCAGCGUGGCAAAGCGCAACACUGGCGUCGAUGGGGUGGAUGCAGUGAAGGCCAUCGCGCAGGACAACAUGAACGAUGUGAUUUCCAACAUCGCGGCCCUCAUUGCUCCCGAGAUGAUCGUCCUGGGCUACCAGUUCUGGGUCAUCGAUCCCCUGGCAGGCAUUGGGAUUUCUGUUUACAUCAUCUACACCUGGCUCCUGACAGGGUAUGAGCAAAUCGAGAUGAUUGUUGGCAAAAAGGCAGACCCAGACUUCCUCCAGAAAGUCUUUGGCAUCGUGGAGAUCCACGACCGGCGGAUGCAGCUGGAUCAGCUCUCGGCCUACCACUUCGGGCCCAAGUACCUCGUGGAACUGGAGGUCGUCAUGCCAGAGUCCACGACGCUGCGCGACAGCCACGACUGCGGGAUUCUCCUGCAGCACAAGAUCGAAACGCUCGAGGAAGUGGAGCGAUGUUUCGUGCACAUCGACUACCAGAUGCGAUUGCACGACGACCAUGACCCAGAGGUGCCCAUUGACGCCAAGCUUUACGGUGGCCCGUGCGGCACGUCGCCGCGAUCGAGGAACGGCGAGCUGAUGCUGAAAGAGUCGACAUUGGAGUCGCCAAUGUCGACAUUAGCGUAG